AUGGAAAAUUCAAUGACCACCAAUGGCGAAGUGGAGACGAUAGAGAAGUUCCACGACUCCGAUGAAGCUAAAAUAUCUAAACUGGUUAAUAAAAUCGAAGGUCUUGAAAGCGAGAAGAUAAAAUUGACUAAUGAAAACAAAGAAAUGAUGGAACAGAUGGAAAAAUUGAAUCAUGAAAUGGAUCAUCUGCAAAAAAGGGAUGAAGAAAUGAGAUUAGAAAUGGAUGAGUGGGAUGAAGAUUCAAGUUUCCUGGAAUCGAUUGCAGCGAGAUCGGCUAACUUAGAAACUGAAGUCACGAGGCUUCAACAUGAUCUGAGAACAUCGACGCGUGAAGUAGGUGAAGCGAAGAAAGAGGUGAUUCAGUUAAAGAAAGCACUGGAGGAGAAAGCAUUGGUGAUCGAAAGACUGCGCCACGAAAUCGCUGAGUUGAGAAAAGAGAAAGUUAAGAGAGAGAAGAAAGGGAGGGAGCUGGAAGCAAAAAUAGGGAUUUUAGAAGUGAGAGUAACGGAGGAAAGGGGAAAGAAAUCUAGGGUCCAAGAGGAAAUGAAGGAAAGGAUCGAUGAGCUUAAGAAGAAAAUUGAAGAUCUCGAAGCCGAUGCAGCUAAAAUGAGCAAUGAAUUGAAAAGAAGGAAGGAAGAAAAACGACAAUGUGAGGAGAAGGCAAUGGGGUUGGAAUUCAACAUGUUGGCCUUAAAGGAUAUGGUGGACGAGAAGACAAACGAAGCUAAAAGUGGAAAGGUUAAGGAUAUUGGUUACAUAGAUAAAAGGUUGGAGGUUCCGAUUGCGACAGUCGGAACAGUUGCUGCCAUUGCUGUGGUGGUUGCUGUGUGGGAUAAAGUUGAGACCAAGACCACGGUUCUUUUAUAUGGUGGUGGGGCAAUAGUUGUUGUUUGGCUAUCAUCUAUUCUUGUUGGUGCCAUUAACUCAGUGCCUUUGGUAAGUGAAUCAUCUAUUCUUGUUGGUGCCAUUAACUCAGUGCCUUUGAUAAUGGAGUUGGUUGGCCUUGGAUAUUCCAGAUGGUUUUUCUAUAGAGACAUUCUCUUUAAGAUCAAAGGGAAGUCAUCUUUCGGACAAGCUUUGCUAAUCCGUGGACUAAGGGAUGUAGGCUAUGAGGAAGAAAGGCCUUGUUAUCAUCGAGAUCGACGUAAGGAAAGUAAGGUGUAG